AUGGCAACUGCUACCGUCACCGAGUUUCUCACCAAGACAGUGAAUGCCACAGCCGCGACAAGCACCUCUAGCGCUCGAGCAGCUCCCCAAGGCGGUGUCUUUGAAGGCCUCAAUCCCACUCAUUAUGACCCCAAAAAUCCCAUUACACUCUUUAUCAUUCAGGCAUCGAUCGUCAUCAUCCUCACACGUAUCAUCCAUGUGCCCCUGGCCUAUCUCCGCCAGCCUCGAGUGAUUGCCGAGGUCAUCACGGGCAUUAUACUGGGUCCUUCAGUCAUGGGGAGGAUCCCCGGAUUUACAGCUGCCAUCUUCCCCACCAGCUCCAUGCCAGCCUUUACACUGGCUGCCAACCUUGGAUUGGUGCUGUUCUUGUUUCUUGUUGGCCUGGAAGUCGACUUGCGAUUUCUCGCCAGCAAUUGGCGCAUCGCCCUCAGUGUGGGUGCUCUUGGAAUGGCUGUUCCUUUUGGGCUCGGUUGUGGCAUUGCAUGGGGCCUCUACCGUGAUUUCCGGAAUGAUGCUGGUCUGGCUCCCAUCAGCUUUGGCGUGUAUAUGCUUUUCAUCGGUGUGGCCAUGGCAAUCACCGCAUUCCCUGUCCUUUGCCGGAUCUUGACUACCCUCAAACUGCUCAGCACUCCUGUCGGAGUUAUUGUGCUAUCAGCCGGAGUUGGAAAUGAUGUCGUUGGGUGGAUAUUACUCGCCCUGUGUGUGGCUCUCGUCAAUUCGGGUGUCGGUCUCACUGCUCUAUGGAUCCUACUCGUCGCCGUCGGUUACACACUCUUUCUGGUCUUUGCCGUCCGACCAACCGUCAUAUGGUUCCUUCGGAGGACCGGGAGUCUCGCCAACGGUCCGACGCAAACGGUAGUCGCGUUGACAAUUCUACUCGUCCUGGCGUCCUCAUUCUUCACCGGAAUCAUUGGCAUCCAUCCCAUCUUUGGCGCCUUCAUUGUCGGGCUAAUGCUGCCUCACGAAGGAGGCUUCGCUAUCAAGCUGGCAGAAAAAAUCGAAGAUCUGGUUGGCGUUCUCUUUCUCCCUCUUUAUUUCGCACUGUCAGGGUUAGGCACCAAUCUCGGGCUUCUCGACAACGGCCUGACAUGGGGCUAUGUGGUUGGCGUGUGCGUAGUCGCCUUUGCCGGGAAGAUUGCUGGUGGAACCUUGGCGGCCCGAUUUAAUGGCCUAGUAUGGCGGGAAUCCUUCACAAUUGGCGUUCUGAUGUCGUGCAAGGGCUUGGUCGAGUUGAUCGUCCUCAACAUCGGCCUACAGGCCAAGAUCCUCAGCACCCGAACAUUCACCAUUUUCGUUGUCAUGGCGCUUAUCACCACAUUCGCGACGACUCCAUUGACGACGUGGCUAUACCCGCCUUGGUACCAGCGGAAAUUGGAGCUUUGGAAGCAAGGCAGGAUCGACUGGGACGGCAAUCCCGUUCGCCGGGAAAGUGACAUGGAAUCCACCAGUGAGGCAGACAUUCUUCGCAAGACCAACGUUGCGAAGAAGGUGUUGGUCUAUCUUCGCCUUGAUGGUCUUCCCAGUCUGUUCACCAUGGUCUCUCUGCUUGCCCAUAACCCCGAGGAGGAGGCUGCCGAGCGUCGCGAUCACCACCAAAAUGACGAACCGUUAAUGUUGAACACACACGCCCUGAGCUCAGUGGUCAGACUUCGCCGCCCAAUUCAGGUACACGGUCUGCGCCUGAUGGAACUCACGGAACGAGAGUCCAGUGUAAUGCGCGUCUCGGAGAUCGAGGAGUUUGCCGGGCGAGACCCAGUCAUAAAGGCGUUCGGCACUUUCGCACAGUCUUGUGAUAUGGCAGUGGGUGGACAAAUUGCCGUGGUGCCUGAUCACAGCUUCUCGGGCACUUUGUUGUCUCGCGCGACGGAUCUCCAGAGCGAUCUUGUGUUGGUCCCCUGGUCUGAGACUGGAACGUUGUCCGAAUACCCUGUCUGGUUCGAUGCAAAGCCGGGUGAUCCGCUAGCGAACAAACAGUUUGCGACACUGGCGGCAGAGAUUUUCGAGAAGGCGAGGGUGACUUGCCCCGUUGGUGUGAUUCUUGACAAGACAGUUCUGUGUACGCCCUCGGGCCCUUCAAACACCGCGUCUCCAGUUCCUGAGCGAUCGACACGUCAACUGAACAGGACACUUACCGGGGUUAGUCUUGUGGAUCAGAUGAACUCGACUGUCCACUUCAAGUCGGCCGAAAGUAGACGAGCUCGGCUUUUCGUUCUCUAUCAAGGCGAAAGCGAAGACGAUCUUUUUGCCGUGCGUCUCGGUCUACAGCUGGCCAGAAAUCACAAGGUCGAUCUGAAGAUUCUGAACGCAAGAGUUGGGCUCGACAGUACCGACGCCGAUCAGCACGCCGACAGCAUCGAGCAUGAUAACAAGGUGGUCACCCCAUCAAAUAUCCAUACCCUCCCGAAACCCAUCGACCUUGAAUUUGACACCCUCCGGUCAAGCAUCGCGGAUUAUGGCUUCGAAAACAGAGCGACAGUGAUAGAUGUGCAAUUGUCGGGUCUGGAGGCAGUCGUGGCCGCGAUCUCCGAUCCUAGCCCUGCAGAGACGCUUGUUAUUAUCGGUCGAAAUACUCUCCCUUCUAAAUCGGCCACCACCGCGCUGGGUAGCAGUACAGCAGAGUCGUCAACCUCCGGCUCGAGGGUCAUCACUGGUGCCACUGGGCUGGCUUCUGCGCGUGAUGACAAUCAGGCUUUGGGACCUCUGGCCACACAGCUCGUGAAAGUUGUUCGGGAGAGACAAUUGCAGACUGGACUACUAGUCGUUCAAACCCGCACAGAGAAUGCGUCGGAAGUCCCUGACGCAGUUGGAGGAUUCGGAGCACCGCUGAAUCCAACGGACACGAGAGGUCUGAAAGGAAUGGCGCUGGCUAAGAAGACGAGCACGUUGAGUGAUGACGACUAG